AUGGGAGAUGCUGAGACCAAGGCACGCACCCUCACCACCAGGCUCCUUGCCCUCCAACAGCAGCAUGUGCCCAGCCAAGUAUAUCUCUCCAGGCCUGGUGAUCCCGCCUGGUUUGGUUUUCGCUGCAGAGCAUCUGCCGCGGGCCAAGCCAUGCUGCCUGGCCCACGUCUCCUCAAGCACUGCGCUAGAGAGCUGUCAGCUCCUCUCACCACCGUCUUCACAUCUUGCCUGAGGGAAAAGAAGUGGCCCACAGUAUGGAAGGAAGCACGUGUGGUACCGGUCCAUAAGAAAAACUCAAGGUCUGAGCCCAACAACUACAGACCCAUCUCCCUGCUCUCAGUGAUGGGCAAGUUGCUGGAGAAAAUAGUGGCUGUUGCCAUCUGCCAACACCUGAGCGAGAACCACCUCCUCUCAGACAGGCAAAUAGGCUGUGUUAAACCAAGAUUUGUAAUAUACGCCUCAAUGGCAGACACUACAAAUUCUGUUAUGCGCUCGGCACACGGAGACGGGUCUCUGUCACGGAAGCAGUAG